AAUGAUUUUUAAUUUAAUAUUUCUAUUACUUCUCGUGUCAGAUUUAAAAACGGUUUUAACUGAGGAUGAAGAAUGUAUGAAUGAUGAAGCUCGUUUAGCCGUUUUACAUGCCCAUAAUAAAUACAGAUCUAAAUUGGCAUGUGGGGAAGUUACAGAUGCUUCGAACAAAACUCUGCCUGGGGGAAUAUUUCAUAAAUUUGUUAGUUUUUUGGAGUUUAUUCUGAAAGUCAUGUUCCACUCUGAUCUAGUGGUUUUGGCAUUUUCCUCCCUGAUCAUGUUCCUUUCUGAUAGAAAAAGUUUUACCAAAAUGAGUUUUAUUGAAACAAAAUUUGGUAACCCCGUAUUUCAUAAAGAAUCCCGGACGAUUCUUUAUGAAAGAGAGAACUACUGGUAA